AAUUCCGACCGCACUAAAAUGCAGCAGCCUCUUCUCCGGUUUGGUCUGACUGCGGUCUCCUCCUCCUGGACGCCGGGGUUGUUUGGCUGUACGGUUUAACGAUAAGUAAGUUGUGGUUGCUGACCUGGUGGUGCCUUUGCUUCAAUCUGGACACGCAUGAACAUAGCACGACGAGUUGUGAACUGUUCCCGGUUUCCAUGUCAUUCGUUAAACAUCCACUCUAGAAGAAGGAUUUCUGCCUCACAGGGUGCAAUGAUGUCACGACACACCAACUCCAAGAGAAUUGAGGGACUGGACAAGAAUGUAUGGGUGUCCUUCACUUCUUUGGCAGCAGACCCUUCCAUUGUUAAUCUGGGUCAAGGAUUUCCAGACAUGCCUCCACCAUCUUAUGUGAAAGAGGCACUAGCGAAGGCAGCGUCGGUGGACAGCCUGAACCAGUACACCAGAGGCUUUGGUCAUCCCUCUCUGGUGAAGGCCCUUUCUCAGGUUUAUGGGAAGGUCUGCGGUCGUGAGAUUGACCCAUUUAAACAAAUCCUGGUCACAGUUGGAGGUUAUGGCUCCUUAUUCUGCACAAUUCAAGGGCUUGUGGAAGAGGGGGAUGAGGUCAUCAUAAUAGAACCUUUUUUUGAUUGCUAUGUUCCGAUGGUACGAAUGGCAGGAGCCAAACCUGUGUUGAUACCACUGCGCUGUAAGCAGUCUGGAAAGAACACAGUCACAAGUGCUGACUGGAUCCUUGACCCAGAUGAGCUCUCCAGUAAAUUCAACUCUAAAACGAAGGCCAUAAUCAUCAACACCCCCAAUAAUCCUAUUGGGAAGGUCUUCACCAGAGAUGAGCUGCAGAUGAUUGCUGACCUCUGUAUUAAACAUGACACGCUGUGCUUCAGUGAUGAGGUUUAUGAGUGGCUCACCUACAAGGGACACCAGCAUAUCAAAAUUGCCACUCUGCCUGGAAUGUGGGAUAGAACAAUCACUGUAGGCAGUGCAGGGAAAACAUUUAGUGUUACUGGGUGGAAGCUUGGUUGGUCCAUAGGACCUGAGCAUUUGAUGAAGCACCUUCAGACCGUCAUGCAGAAUUCUGUGUAUACCUGCCCCACGCCUAUUCAGGAGGCUGUGGCACAAGGCUUGCUGAAGAACGUUGAGCUAAUGGGUCAGCCUGAGUGCUACUUCACCUCACUGGCCCAGGAACUUGAGAGCAAGCGGGACCGUAUGGCCACCAUCGUCCAAGAGGCUGGUAUGACCCCUGUUAUUCCAGAGGGAGGCUACUUCAUGCUGGUGGACGUCACGUCACUCAACCAGGACCUGUCGCACAUAACUGAUGACGAAGCAUAUGACUACAAGUUUGUAAAGUGGAUGAUUAAAGAAAAGAAACUGGCGACCAUUCCAGUCACAGCAUUUGUGGGAGAGGAGUCCCAGAAGCACUUUGAAAAAUAUAUCCGUCUUUGUUUCAUAAAGCAAGAUGCUACUCUGGACGCAGCAGAGAAGAUCUUAAAGAGUUGGAGAAGGGUUUAAUGGGAUUCUGCGACUUCAUCACUUUAGGAUGUCUGGUCAAACUGGAGACCGGGAUUAGACUGUCACAUGCACACAACCUGGAAAGGAGUAGAAUGCCUCCAGUAAACUCUGGGGCAUGUUUUGAGACAAUAAGUCGAUGAAGUUACUGUAGGAUGAUUAAACCUAACCGUUUCUCUGUGAGAUGUCAUUUAAAUGUGUUACCUUAUAGUGAAUAUAAAAACCUUUUAAUUAUUCCUUCUGCACAUCUGAGUUCCGUAAUUCAGUAUUUCAUGAGCUAAUUGAAUAGUUGUAUGUACCAUUAGAAGCACUACUAAUGGUUAAGUAAUUGACUGCCUUAAUAGAAUAAUUCUUAACAGAAUAAUUUGUAACACAUUAUUUUUCUCUUUUCAAUAACUCUGUCAUAUACAUUGCAAAUGUGUUUGUUCAAAUUAAUAGAUAUUAAAUGUAUUCAGUGUCA